AUGGCGAACGAACCUGGCGUUUUAUUGGAAGAUUCGCUAGAAACGAAACAGGCGCCUCAUUUAGAGACAGCGAUUCCAGUUUUUGCGGUUGGCGCCGAGGUUGGCAUUACCCAGACAAUCCGGAUAGAGACUCUAAAUGAGUUUAAAACCCAUAUGGGAUCCUUCAAUGCCUCACAAACAUUACACGUCGCCGUGCGGAGCUUUUUCGAUAAUGGCGGUGCAUUCUGCUACCUUAUUGCCACCUCCCAAUGGGUCUCAGAGAUCCCGAAGCUAAAGACCGUCACCUUGCUGGUGGCUGCCGGGCAAGAUAUCCUCCAGCCCGUCUCCCAACUUUGCCAGCCAGGUGCAUGCCUAUUUGCGCUGUUAGAUGGACCCCAGGGAAGUCUUGCGGAUGAAAAUCUCGCCCAUUACCCCUCGGCUUCUCAUGCCGCGGUUUACUACCCCUGGCUAUCAGCAGAGUGGGCAGGAACUGCCAUUCCACCUAGCGCUGUUAUGGCAGCGCUGUACUACAAGACGGACAAGGAAAGAGGUGUCUGGUCAACGCCUGCCAAUAUAGCGCUCCAAAGAGAUUUGAGUCCCCUAAGUUCGGUCACCGAUGAACAGCAAAGGCAACUCUUACAUAUCAACAUGAUUCGCAACUUCCGUGGCCGAGGUACACUAGUCUGGGGGGAAGAACAUUGGAUCAAAGCUCGACCGAGCUUCGGUAUAUCUCUGCCCGUCGUCUUGUCGAUUCUAUCGAACGAGACCUUCGGUCAAUUCUCAGCACAUUCUUGUCCGAGCCUAACACACCUAGGACAUGGCAGAGUAUACGCGCGACAUUCGAAAAUUAUCUGA